AUGGAUGUUGAGCAGAUUUUGAAUUAUCCAAGUGAAAAUAAAUUUUUGAUGGAUUCACUUACAGAUGAAAAAAUUAUUCAAGGAGUAAUAGAUGUGCCAGCUGAUGACGAGCAAGAUCCAGAUGACAGUAGUGUUUUACCACAUGUUUCUCCAAAAGAGGCUUUUCUAGCUUUGGAUGCCUUGAAGAAUUAUUUAAUACAACACGAGAAGAAUAUACUAGAUUUGGUUUAUGAUAUUCUAAAAGUUAAAGAUGAAAUUGUAUUUGAUUCACAUGGAAAGAAGCAGUUAACUAUAGAUGCAUAUUUUAGCAAAGAAUAA